AUGCCAAACAAAUACAAUAUUGAAGUUAAGGAUGAUCUUGAUAAUAGCGGCUUGUUUGAGCUGAUGGAAAGUAACGGAUCGCCGGACAUGUGGGAAUCGAAUAAUUUAACACCACCCUCGUGGAUGAAGGGCCUGACGCAGGACGAUAUAAAUGCCAUGUAUCAACUGGGAGCGUUAUCGAAGAACGGACUGCUGGCGGAAAUCAAGAAGAUAUUUGACCAAGCGUACAACAUCGGGCUGCAGGAGGCAAAAGAGAUCACAAAGGGGAAAAAUUUGGAGAUUUUCUCCAAUUUAACCCGACGGAAGUAA